AACUAAUUUGUCAGUGGUAUUAUUUAGAAGUGUUCGGUUUUGAAGUUUAAUUAAAAACAUCAGUUACGUCAUCGACCAAUUAAAUUGAGAUUUUACUGUCGAAACGCAUGUUUCACUAAAGUCGGAUUUUUAAUGCACUUUAGUAUCCAUCUGUUGUGGGGGUGUCUCAGCUAGAUGGUUUGAAAUAUUUUGCGCUCCAUUUAAUGAAAGUACAGUGUACUUGGACAAACACUGUUAAAUGGAAGGUGAUCAAUUAGAUUUUGAAGACCCGUCUACAUCGUGCCUUGAAAAGACUGAUUUUACCAACCAAAGUCCGACCAUGUGUCCAGUGGUAUUGGAGACAGCAGAACAAGAAUUAAUAGCGGAAGAGUCUGCACCAACCACAGAUUCAGAUGAAAUCGGAGUAGCUAACAUUGAAAUGAAAAAUGUAUUUAAUCUUCAUUUAGUUGAUAGUACUUGUACAGAACAGGAUAUUUACUCUGAUGAGAGUCCUUUACCCGGUGAUUGGGUUAAUGAUGAUUGGACGGAUAAUCCCAGUGAACAAGAAGAUGCUUCUAAUGCUAAUGGUGUUAUGCGAAAAAGAAAAAUAUCAAAUUCCACAUUAACGUCUGAAGAUUUUCCGUCCAAAAAACAAUAUUAUGAUCAAAACAAUUUGAAUCUUGAAAGACUGACGCCUAAAUUGGCUGAAAAUGAAUUAGAUAAAAUAGAUAAAAUAAAGAUUCGUCGAAGUUGUAUACCGUCCAAAGAUGAUCCUCCUGAAGAAAUGAUGGAAUGGUUAAAAACUUUUUCGAAAUGGUCAAACGCAGAAAGGAUGUUAGCUAUAGAUAUGUUAGUAGAUGAAUGUGAACCUACUCAAGUUCGUCAUAUGCUACAACUUAUUGAACCACAGUUUCAACGAGAUUUUAUUUCUCUACUUCCUAAAGAAUUGGCCUUAUAUGUUUUAUCAUAUUUGGAACCCAAAGACUUGUUAAAAGCAGCUCAAACAUGUCAUAGUUGGCGGUUUUUAUCUGAAGACAACUUACUUUGGCGUGAAAAGUGCCAAAACGCUAAUAUACCUUUGACGGAUCCAUAUACUAUUAAGUGUUCAAAAAAUCGCAGUGUUACCUCACCAUGGAAGUCUUCAUAUAUGAGACAUCAUGCAAUUGAAAUGAAUUGGAGAAUAAAACCAAUUAGAAUGCCAAUAAUACUCAAAGGCCAUGACGAUCACGUAAUCACAUGCUUACAAUUUUGUGGAAAUCAAGUUGUCAGUGGUUCUGAUGACAAUACACUUAAAGUUUGGUCAGUUCUAACUGGAAAAUGUCUGCGUACAUUGGUUGGGCAUACUGGAGGUGUAUGGUCAUCACAAAUGGCUGGUAAUGUUAUAAUUAGUGGUUCUACUGAUCGUACUCUCAAAGUAUGGAACGCAGAAACUGGUCAAUGUACACAUACAUUGUAUGGUCAUACUUCAACAGUUCGUUGUAUGCAUUUACACGAAAACAAAGUUGUAAGUGGUUCAAGGGAUGCAUCACUCAGGUUGUGGGAUAUUAAAACUGGUCAGUGUUUGUCUAUAUUCCUUGGUCAUCAAGCUGCUGUACGUUGUGUCCAAUAUGAUGGCCGAUUAAUAGUUAGUGGUGCUUAUGACUAUCUAGUUAAAGUAUGGGAUGCAGAAAGUGAAAUUUGUUUACAUACAUUAUCUGGUCAUACUAAUCGUGUAUAUUCACUACAAUUUGAUAGUACUCAUGUUGUAAGUGGAUCUUUAGACACUAGUAUAAGAGUAUGGGAUGUAGAGACUGGUACGUGUAAGCACACUUUAAUGGGACAUCAAUCUUUAACCUCUGGCAUGGAAUUAAGAGAUAAUAUAUUAGUGUCUGGAAAUGCAGAUUCAACAGUCAAAGUAUGGGAUAUACUUACUGGUCAAUGCUUACAGACUUUAUCGGGUUCGAAUAAACAUAAUUCUGCAGUUACAUGUUUACAAUUCAACACUAGAUUUGUGGUAACUUCUUCCGAUGACGGGACUGUUAAAUUAUGGGAUGUAAAAACAGGUGAAUUUAUUAGAAAUCUCAUAGCACUAGAAAGUGGUGGUAGUGGUGGUGUUGUAUGGCGAAUACGUGCUAAUGAAACAAAGUUAGUAUGUGCGGUAGGUAGCCGCAAUGGCACCGAAGAAACCAAAUUAUUUGUAUUGGAUUUUGACGCUGACUACAAGUAACAUCAAAUAAUGAAUUUGAUAGUUUGCAUCACAUUUUUUUUUGUGGUUUAAGGAGAGUUACGAAUAUUUGGGACUGUUUACUUAGGUUUAAAAAUGUCCCUUAUAUAUUAUCAGUUAUCACAUUUUACCGUUAUCAUAAUGUUUCAGUAUUAUGUUUUUUUUAUUAUUAUUUAUAAAUGAGGGGAAUUAAAGUGGUUGGGUAACCUUCUGGAUGAUCUAGAAAGAUUUAUGGAGUGUUAUUUGUGAUUUAUAGCACAUUAAAAUGAAGUUAUAGAUUAAUUUACAUAUUAUUUUCUAGUCUUUGAAGCUAUAAUAAUCAUAAUUUGAUAUUCUUUGAGCCAAAUAAAUCGGUUGUUCUUUUUAUUAUUCCCAGUAUACUAUUUAAUAUAA